UUUUUUUCUUGUCGGUGUUUUCAUAUCGGAAGAAAUAAGCGGCUGGCAAACUCGGCACAGUCUGUAGUCCUGCGCGGACCGUCCUUUAACCAUGAAUACAAUAACAUAAAAUCAGCGCAGAAAGUUAAAUUCAUCACUAUUCAACUGUCCACUAAAGCUGUGUAAAGGGCUAGUGUAUCUAAAAGUGUGCUGUAUUUAGCCAACCCCUUGAGAGGUGUCGGAAUACAUCCUGUGGUCUACAUCGAGGUCGUCGGUUUGACGGUUGUGACCAUCACACCACUACAACACCCCCGGCCGCAAGAUGAUCCGCUACUGUCCAACGAACACGUCCAUGGACGUCGUUUGGUUCAACCAUGGCGUGUCCCAAUGCUUCAUGGACACCGUUGCCAUGGGGACGAUCGGUGGAUUUAUGCUGAUCUUUGGCACGCUGCAGCACAUCAUGUAUCUGCGCCACGCGACGGAAAUCGACACGCAGCGGAUACGCAAAUCCCGGCUGUACAACUUCCAGCUCUUUCUGCUGGUGCUGAUGCCACUGCUCACGACCGCACGGUUUGUGCUCGAGGCGUUCGUCUUCGAAGGGGCACAGGUGUACGGGUUCAUGGUGCUCUCGAUCGCAGUAGCCCUGUUUGCGUACCCGUACUCGAUCGUGCUGCUGGUGAAGGAGCGGUACUACCAGCUGCCGUCCGUACCCACGCGCGGCCACGGUUUGGUGCUGCUCGUCUUCUGGACGCUGCUCUUCAUCGUGCAGAACAUAGCGUUCGUCAACCUGAACUACCGCGAUGCCUGGUUCCGGCUGGAAACGGUGCGCGACCGGGUGGAGUUCGGUAUGUUUGUGGCGCGGUACACCGUCACGAUGCUGCUGUUCGUGAUCGGGCUGAAGGCGCCCGGCAUUACGUCGACCCAGUUUACCGAGGAGUACCAGCAUCUUCACCAGGCGCAGGAAAACCGGUCCACCUUUGCGAACGCCUGGACGAAGAUGCGCACGCUGCUGCCGUUCCUGUGGCCGAAGAAGGACGCGCUGCUACAGUUUCGGGUGGUGUUUUGCUUUCUGCUGCUGAUCGCCGGCCGGCUGAUCAACGUGUACGUGCAGAUCUACAACAAGAAGAUUGUCGACAGCCUGACGGAAAAGCCGACCGUCUUCCGGUGGGACUGGAUACUGCUGUACGUUGGGUUUAAGUUCCUGCAGGGCGGUGGCACUGGCUCGAUGGGACUGCUGAACAAUCUGCGCAGCUUCCUGUGGAUCCGCAUCCAGCAGUACACGACGCGCGAGAUCGAGCUGGAGCUGUUCCGCCACCUGCACAGCCUGUCGCUGCGCUGGCACCUGAACCGGAAGACGGGCGAGGUGCUGCGCGUGAUGGACCGCGGUACGGACAGUAUCAACAAUUUGCUGAACUACAUCCUGUUCUCGAUCACGCCGACGAUCGUGGACAUUCUGAUUGCGGUCGUGUUCUUCAUCACGGCGUUCAACUGGUGGUUUGGGUUCAUCGUGUUCCUUACGAUGACGCUGUAUAUUGUGGCAACGAUCAUGGUGACGGAGUGGCGCACUAAAUUCCAGCGUCGGAUGAACUUGGCCGACAAUCAGCAGAAGGCACGCAGCGUCGAUUCGCUCCUCAACUUCGAGACGGUGAAGUACUACGGCGCGGAGCAGUACGAGGUUUCCUGUUACCGGGACGCAAUUCUCAAGUUCCAGGACGAAGAAUGGCGCUCCAUUAUCACGCUGAACAUUCUCAACACGAUGCAGAACAUUAUUGUGUGCGGUGGUUUGCUUGCCGGGUCGCUGCUCUGUGCCUAUCUCGUCGUUUACGAGGAGGGAUUAACCGUCGGCGACUAUGUACUGUUUGCCAGCUACAUUAUCCAGCUUUACGUACCGCUCAAUUGGUUCGGCACAUUCUACCGUGCAAUCCAGAAGAACUUUGUCGACAUGGAGAACAUGUUCGAGCUGAUGCGCGAAGAUCAGGAGGUAGUGGAUGCACCGUCCGCCCCCGGGCUGGCCGUUGCACGCGGCCGCAUCGACUUCAACGACGUCACGUUCGGCUACAACGCGGAACGGUUGGUGCUGCGGAACGUCAGCUUCAGCGUUCCCGGCGGCAAAACGGUCGCCAUCGUCGGACCGUCGGGCGCGGGCAAGAGCACCAUUAUGCGACUGCUGUUCCGGUUUUACGACGUCAACAACGGCUCGAUCCUGGUCGAUGGGCAGAACAUUAAAACGGUCCGGCAAGCGUCGCUGCGCCAGGCGAUCGGUGUAGUGCCGCAGGACACGGUGCUGUUCAACAACACGAUCAAGUACAACAUCCAGUACGGGCGGGUGGGUGCCCCGGAAGCGGACGUCAUAAUGGCGGCCCGGAGCGCCGAUAUACACGAGCGCAUUCUCACCUUCCCGGAGCAGUACGAAACGCAGGUCGGCGAGCGGGGCCUGCGCUUGAGCGGUGGCGAGAAGCAGCGCGUCGCCAUUGCCCGCACGAUCCUGAAAUCGCCCGCGAUAGUGCUGCUGGACGAGGCGACCAGCGCGCUGGACACGCAGACGGAGCGCAACAUACAGUCCGCGCUGGCAAAGGUGUGCGCGAACCGGACGACGAUCAUCAUAGCCCACCGGCUGUCGACGAUCAUCCACGCGGACGAGAUACUGGUGCUGAAGGAGGGUUCGAUCGUCGAGCGGGGCCGACACGACAAUCUGCUCGAGCAGAGCGGCGUGUAUGCGGAGAUGUGGAACCAGCAGCUGAAAAAUCUGGAACUGGGAGGCAGCAGCGCAGCCGAGGAGGGCGUGGACGCAGCGAACGGACAGGUAGCGAAUGGUACGCCGAACAAGGUGGCCGCAAUAGCGGCACCGCCAGCGCACCACCAUCAUCAUUAGAGGGGAGGGGGUAGCGGGAACAGGACGGCGGAAGCAGAAAGGUGACAGAGAGGUGUAGGAAAAUGUGUUUUCUACCGAGUUCUAUUACACAAGCAACGCAACGAGGAAGGAACAAAAAAUGUGAUAGUUUAGUGCAUGGCGUGCAAUCAGGAAAGCCCAACCCUCCAGGUGAACCUCCUUUUUAAGAAAAAAAAAUAGCUCUUUCAAUUGUGUAUGUGCGCAAGGUAACAUUUUUGUUUCACUAAGUAACACACACAAAGUGUUAAAACCUUAAAAAUACAAAAAUAACACACAAGACAGUGGAUGGUACAAGUGACUGAAA